GGGAGGGUCACGCUUGUUCCCUAAAGACAGGAAAGGCUGCACUGUAUAAGUCAUGGUCAGAAGUGUCAAGGCUGGACACUUGUGCUCAAUCUUACGUCCUUCAACUCUGCCUGAUUAUAACACAAGAGUGUGACUCAGAGGGGUGGGAGAUGUAGACAAAACAAGGAUGUGCUACUUCCAAGUACAUGAGACACUUAAAUGUUUUCUAAUAAUUGAAAUAGAUUUUAAAGCCCAAACAGAUGAAAGUGUCAUCUGGCCCAAAAUAGUAGCUGAAUAGCUGGAGGUGGUUGGGGUCAUUGUGAGAGCAUCAUAUGCUCUUUGUAUGGCUGAAUUGGAGGCGUGUGCUGUCGCGGUGGGAGCGCGCAGAGGAAGGGAGGGCAAUCUUGUCUAAUAAGACCCAAUGGCCGGUGCAAGGUGGUCAGGAGCGCGGGGACGCGUCAGAAGGCGAAGACAGAGGAGAAAAUUAAAGGAGCAGUCGUCGUGAGAGCGGAGCUUUACCUGAUGUACCGGGAAUCUCAGAGCGCAGCGGCUGCGCCUUUUGGAGUUUGGAGCUAUCUGGCUUUCAGUGCGCGCUUGGAGGGAAAGUGCGCGGAGACAGAAGCGCAAGUGAUGCCAAACUUCUAAAACAGUUCAGCCAAUCAGAUCAUUUCUUGAAAAGUUUUUGUCUUUUAUAAUCAACACAUGAAAUACAUUUAAAUUCAUAUAAAAUAACAAAAUGUGUCAAAUUGGUCAGAAACUUCAAUCUGUAACUUUUUACCAUUAAAAAAAGGAAAAAAAAAAUCAGCAUCAAUAAUCAAUGAAUUGGAAUGGACCAAAAUUUGACCAUCAUUCAGUUGCAAUCCCAAACCUGGAUCCUCUGAGUCCUCAGAGCCCUCAUCCUCCUCAAUGAAGCAGUUCUGGUGGGCCCGUCGGGUUCAGCCUUGUCUGCUUGCUGUGUGGACCUGUGCAUGGCUGGUUCAGGGAUGCGGACCGGGCCCUGGCUAUGGCAUCCGCUCCAGGCCCAGGAAACUCACAGCCAUGCACUACAAGCAGUUUUUCCCAAACUUCUCGGAAAACAACCUCGGGGCCAGUGGGAGAGCAGAGGGCAAGAUCACACGCGACUCCGAGCGCUUCAAUGAACUGGUGUGCAACUACAAUCCAGAUAUUGUCUUCAAAGAUGAGGAGAACACCGACGCAGACCGCCUCAUGACUAAGCGAUGUAAGGACUGCCUGAACCGGCUGGCCAUUGCAGUGAUGAACCAGUGGCCUGGGGUUCACUUGCGUGUGACAGAGGCCUGGGAUGAAGAUGGUCACCACCCUCAAGGCUCUCUUCACUAUGAAGGCCGGGCUGUGGAUAUAACCACUGAUGACAGGGAAACCGAGAAGUACGGCCUUUUGGCCCAGCUGGCGGUAGAGGCCGGCUUCGACUGGGUCCACUAUGAGUCCAAGUACCACAUUCAUUGUUCAGUAAAGGCUGAUCAUUCUGUUGCUGUGGAGAGAGGUGGCUGUUUUCCAGGCUGGGCCCGGGUUACUCUUGCUGGUGGGAAGCAGAAGAGUUUGUCCUCACUGGCUCCCGGUGACAGGGUCAUGGCCUUGUCUGAAACGGGUCAGGUCGUGUACACCCCAGUCCUUUCCUUUCUGCACCAGGACCAGGAAAGCCUGUCUACGUUUCUGUCCCUGGAGACCAAAGAGGGGUACACGCUGGUCCUCACUCCGCAUCAUUUAGUCUUUUUAGCCCCCGACUGCGGACACGACAUUAGCGAGUACCAGGCUCGUUUUGCUAGCAGGGCCAAAACAGGAGACUGCGUCCUCAUCAGUACAGCAGACAGUCAAACGCAGCCGUCCCGGAUCGUCUCGGUCUCAGUUGCAGAAAGUGUGGGAGUGUACGCGCCCUUGACAGAAGCUGGAACCUUGUUUGUUGACAGGGUGCUGGUCUCCAGCUAUGCACUGGUGGAGGAUCACAGACUUGCACACUGGGCGUUUGGACCUCUGAGGCUCUUUUAUUCCUUGACGGAGCUACUUUGGGCAGAAGCAGCAGAUCAAACCACGACUGGUCCAAUAACUCUAACAAACACUAAGUCACAUUUUAGCACUUUGAGCAUAAAGAAAAGAAUUAUAAAUGAAGGUUUUAUACACACACAGAAAAAUCUCACUGAAACUUUCAGGGUGGAAAUUCAAGCGAAGCGUGAGUCCGAAAUUCACUGGUAUGCUCGGUUACUGUACAGGUUUGCAUGUGUCCUGUUAGACUCCAAUUUAUUCUACCCUUAACAGCCUGAAACAAUAGAACUUUAAUCUAUUAUAGUAAAAAAACCUGCUAACAUUAUGAUGUCAAAACAGUUUGUCAGACAAUCACCGUUCACGACACAUUUCUUGAAAGUAUCUCACUUAAAAAGAGGAUUGUUUAAAUGGAAAAAGAAUGAAUUUCUACAGCAACAGAAUCUUUAUUUUUGUACUUUCUGAAUAAUAUAUUCAUAUAUGUUACAUUUUUUAUAUAAAUACACUACUUUUACUGUAUGCACUGACUUGGUGUUAUGUUAUAAAACAAAUAAAAAUAUAAUUUUAUUCAACCAAAUAACCACUUUUUCUUCAAGCUGUAAAUUCACUUAUUUUCCUGAAAAAAAUAUGAUUGAAGCUUCUUUAGGGACAAGGAGUUCUUGUUUGGUGGACAGCUCACGUGUGCAUGUAGCAGAGUGCAACUAUUUCCCAGUGGCUAAUCUAAAAGUUUACAAGUUAAUGAAAAGCCCAGACUUACUUAAUAUUCGCCUCACUUUCGCUCCACUUUGACAUUUUCAGACCUUUUCACCUCAUUAGCUUGAAGGUUUUUUUUUUAGAAAGUCAGAGGGGGCUGAUUGCUUUUUUAAGUAUCACACUCAUCCUUUGUUACUUUUGUUCUAUGUCUCACACACACUCCAAAUUUCAUUUACAUUUAAAGCAAAACAACAACCUUUUAAUAUAUGUUUAAAGUUCUAAAGUCUUAAAAGUUUGACUGAGAAGUAUAAACUCCUGCGCCCUCUAGCGGAGG